GGUUGCAAGGCAAUUUGUUAUUUUUUUUCCCAACAUAUUUCAAAACCUGUCAUUAAUUAUGUAUUUAUUUUUAAUGGAAAAACAUUAAACAUUUAAAGGAAGAAAAUGAGCUAUUCUAUUGAUAAGAACACAAUUUAUGAGAAAUACUGAAUAGAAUACUGAUAAUAAAUGAAAAACACAUUCGUCAUUUUAACUGAGCCACUUUGUACCUUAUUUAUUUGAGGGAUCCAGACCAUCCAUACUUUGCAUGACUGGCAUACUGUAUAUUGUUGGCAAUACUGGCAAAACCAUGUUAAUUGACAAUAAAGUUGUAUUCAAUUCAAAUUCAUAUGUCAUGGAGUAGGGUAUUUGUGUUUGGGACGUUUCCACGCGGGCUGAGGAGUGUGAUCGAUCUGUAAUUGGAACACACCGUCCAGCCCCCCUUCUUAAAAAGAGGGACCAGUUUUGAGCAGUUUUAUCGACAAUAACCCUUUUUUUCCCGACCGGGUCCGUCUGUUCAAAAUCUCAACCCAAAAAAUCAGCGUCUUUCUUCGUCAACAACGCGGUCACGUGAUAUCACACUCAUUUACGGCCGUUGGUGACAUUUCUCCUCGCUCUUUGUUUUGACUUAAUGACACCAUAAAGGCUCGAGGUCGGGGGUUGGAGGCAAUCAGGUUUGAAGUGCGGCAGCUUUGUUAGCGUUUAAAGCUAGUGCCCGUUGUAUGUUCUUCUUUCGACAGCAAGGAGGUGAUGAAUGUGAACCUGCCAGACUUGGCACCGAAGACUGGGGAGAAAGGUAAUGCUGUAAUGUGCAAUGGAAAGGCAUCGACAACGUGCCCUCUGCCUACAGUCUUUACAGGGCCGACCAAGUCCCCUGUACACAAAACCUUAGAUGACAAACUGGUUCCAUAUCGAAAGAGUGGAGAUUACAGACCGAAGUUGCCUCCGAUCAACGAGAAACCAAAGACUUACGAACUGUCAACAAACCUCACCAUUAAAGAUCUCAAGCGACAAAAUGGUAACCUCCAGCUGCAAUUGGUAGUAUUCAAGACGCAGUCCAAAGUGAUGAAGAAUGUCCUACAUCGCCACUCGGUGGCAGUCCAGGAAUACCAAAGAUUAGAAGGCAGUCUAUCUCAGAUACAAGAUCAGCACAUCAAUGAGGUCAAGGCCAUGAGGAAGUUGCUUGGCAAGACGCGCAGCAGCUGUGACACGCUGGCGAAAAAGCUGCAGGAGUCAGAGAAGGAGUUGUUGGACUCAAAAGACAAGAUCCUGCAGCUUGAAUCGCAGAUCUUCCAAAAUCCCACCAUGCUGGAAAGGGAAGAGCUCAGCCGCAGGUUGGAUGAGGCUACCGUAAAUCUGAAGGAGAAAAACAAGCGGAUAUGGGUAUGUUUAGGAGCAGCAUGGCUCAGGAGGUAGAGUACCAGACUGUAUAUCGGCACUAUGGAAUGCGUGUGGGGGUUCAAAGAACUGUCAAUUACUUCACCGGAUAUCAGUAGGAUGUGAAUGUUUUCAGUUAUCCUUUUAUUGGACUGGUAUGAUUUUUUUUGUCAUGCUAAUUGGUAGCUUUCCCAUGUUACAGCAAAGCUAUAAGGGUGUUUCCGUCUCGGAUACAUUGCAAAGGCCUGUUGCAGCAACAGAAUUGAGACGCAGUUCAUGAGCGUCGUUUCUUUGGCCUCCCCCAACUUUUCUCAAGACAUGAAAAACAUAAUUGGAGGACAGAUUAAUCUGUAUGUCGGGAACAGGAGUUGGAGAAGAAUAACAAAUUGCUUCAAAGCACCCUCCAUCGCCACAUAGCAGGAGAGCAAAGAAAGCUGUCCAAGACCAACGACGUGUUCUUCUCUCUGCAAGCACGCGUUUAUGAGUUAACCAGAGAAAUUAAAGAACGAAAAAAAGAACUGGAAGACCACAACAUACCCACUCUGCGAUUCGAAGUUUCGACAAACAAAAAAGAAACAUUUAACAAGAUAGUCCAGACUGAGGAAACAAUCCCUAUAACGAGUGGGAAUGCAUAUUCAAUCAAGUCAGGCUCUGCCGAGCCUGCCGAUGGGAUCCAACAAUGGCUGAGAUCAACCAGCACAGAUCAUGUACCAGGGGGGUCAAUAGCAGUUAGAUACCUGAAGACCAAGCGGAAUGUGGAAGUUCCAAAGAAGUGUACAGACUUUCAGGAAAUCCCCACUCACCAAAUGGCAGGAGACCAUAUUGAGAGCAAGGAGGUAACGAAUGCUUCACAGGAGUCCAUGGAAGAGGAGCUUGAUGAGGAUUGGAUACGCCAACAAAAAUGCCCAGGCUCUUGCAGAUUUGCUCAGACAAUCGUCAAAACGCCCCCUCAACAAAAAGGACACAAACGCACCCAAAGUCGCCGUAAGUACGUGUUCAGUCCAGUGACUACAAAUCUGCACUUGGGAAAACCAGCUUACAGCAGAUUGGACCAGAAGUCACGUGAAAGUCAGACUCAUAGACAAGCACCAACAUGGAAAUCAGAGGAAGAAGAUACUCCCUCACAUGACUACCAGAAUUCCCAACCUGAUUUGGAUCCUUCUGACUCAAGUCUUGUCGACAGUUUUGAAUCUUCUCAACAAAAAGAACACAAACGCACCCAAUUUCGCAGUAAGUACGUGUUCAGCCCAGUGACUACAAAUCUACACUUGGGAAAACCAGCUUACAGUGGAUUGGACCGGAAGUCACGUGAGAGUCUGACUCGUAGACGAGCACCAACAUGGAAAUCAGAGGAAGACGAUACUCCCCUACAUGACUACCAGAAUUCCCAAUCUGAUCUGGAUCCUUCUGAUUCAAGUCUUGUUGACAGUUUUGAAUCUCCCCGUGGGACAUAUACAUGGAGAUGAUAUUUCUAUUUUUGACCUGUGCUUGCCAACUCAUCAGCAAGGAAAGUAACUAUUAGCUCUCCUGAAUGUUAGUAGUGGUUGUUACCAUAAUGUACUAUACUUUUUUUGUGUAUGUCGGUGUUAGGAUUUGUUAAAAUCCAUCUAAUUUUGAUACUUAUGUCAUGUUUUACUUAUUAUGUUGGCAUGCCAACUAAACACAUUGUUGUUGUUAGUUUAGUGGGACAGCACGCAAGUCUUAAUUUGCCCAAAAUGUUUUUGUAUAAAUGUGAUUGAAAAGUAAAAUAAAACUUAAAAACCUCAUCAUUUGUUUUGAGACUUCAGCUCAGUUACCAUCAAUGCGAUUAAGUCCAAAGGCUCGAUAUUUGUAAAAAAAAAAAAAAAAGAGAAAAAAAGUGCAUUUUCUUUUACGCCCCCAUUGCACUGGACGAUUUGGUGGUUGAUAUCAUAGUUCUCUUAACGUUACGCCGUAACUUUUUGCUAGUGGUGUCUGGGGGCGGGGCUAACAAACGGAAACGCCUCGCCUAAUUUCACAUCAAGUUACCCAUGCAGCAUGACCUAAUUGUUGAGAGGGGGGCGUCGCGGCCGCGCCCACCCGCCAACUGUUGACAUCAUACCACUUGUAUGAUGUCGCCCGCGUCGUCCACCUGUAAUAAGAAUAGGCGUCGUCUGUAUCUGUGCUCUGAUAUGAGGUUACAACCGAUUGCGUCAUUAAAAGCGACACUGAAGUCGGAUUUGGAGCUUCACAGCCAUGUAACGUGAGACGCAGAUUUUCAUUGGCGUCUGGCCGCCUCUCUUGCAUCUGCGUUGAAUUUUUUUUUGUUGCAAUGCAUCUGUAGAAGGGAGAAAAAGCUGCUGCAAGGGAGCGAUGAGCGUGAACCAGCGGGACUUUGUACUGAGGUCAGGGGCCGAGGGGGAUGCUGGACGGUGCAUCAGAGACUCAUCCCAAACAUGCUCUCUGCCCAGACUCCUCAACGGCCAGCGCUGCUCUUUGCAAACUAAGUCAUAUGCAUACAAAGCCCAAGAGGACAAACUGAAUCCUUACAGGCGAAGUGAAGCCUCGAAGCUGAAAUUGCCACCAAUUAGGGACACCGCAAAGUUGAGGGAGCUGUCUGCAAACAACAUUAAGGAGCUUAAAAACCAGAAUUAUGUGCUGCAACAGCAACUGAAAGAUUCCAAGACCGAGAACAAACUACUGAAGAACGUUCUGCAUCGCCACACGGUGGCGCUGCAGCAAUAUCAAGAAUUGGAUGGGAGCAUUUCUCAAAUACAAGACCAGCACAGAAACGAAGUCAAAACUUUGCGGAAGUUGCUCGCCGAGACACGCUCGAGCCGUGAUAAGCUAGCAAGGAAGCUGCAAAGCACAGAGAGGGAGUUGUUGGACUGCAAAGACAGGAUCAGUCACCUCCAGUGGAGGGUCAACCGGAACCCUAACCUGCUGGAGAAGGAGGAACUCACCCGUAGGCUCAGUGAGUUCAUCAUACAACUGGAGGAGAAAGACAGGAGGAUACAGUUCUUGGAGAAGAGUAACAUGUUGCUUCAAGGUUCACUCAAUCGCCAUGUAGCAACAGAAUACAAAAAUAUGUCCAAGACCAAUGAGAUGUCUCUGGGUCUACAAAGCACAGUGUCUGAAUUAUCCAAGAAAACUCAACUUGACAGAACAAGAGAAGCAGAGACGAAUAGUAUAAAUACUAUCCGAUCACGAAAACAUGGAAGAAAAGCCAAACAAAGCAAGAUGGUCCAGACGGAGAAACUAAGCUCAACAAACAGUGAGGCCGACAGUCGGAUCAAGUCGGACCUUUCCGGGACUGACGAAAGGGUCCAAAGGUGGCAGAGACCUGCCAGCUCGGAUUAUGUACCACACAAAUCUCGUCCAACUGAACAAAGGAGAAAGAACAGCCAGAGGCAUUCUGAUAAAAAAUCAGCCUGCGGGGAUGCCCAGUAUCGCCAAGAGGAAAGGCGGGACUCGUCAGAAGAUACGCAGGAGUCAGAUGAGAGUGACGAGGAAGAGGAUGAGGAAAAGGAGAAGAGCAGGGAUGAAGAUGACAAGGGGGAGGAAGAGGAGCAGGAGGAGGAGGAGAACGAGGACAGAGAAGGCCAGGGGAGGCCAGAAGGGCACAACGGUGAAGGAAAGGAGGAAAAGGAGGAGCACGAUGAUGAAGAUUACGAGGAUGAUGGAAUGGACCAAAAUGUGGAGGAGGAAACUGAGGAAACUGAGGGAAAAGAACAGAGGUCAGAGGAAACGAGGUUAGAGGAGACAUUUGAGGACACCACAGGAGAACAUGAGGAGGGGGAGGAAUGGGACUAUGACGAUGAGGAGCAGGAGGAGGAGGAGGAGAAUAAGGAAAAUGAUGAAAACGUGUAUGUGGAGGUCCAGCUGGAGGAGAAGAAUAAGGAGAACGAGAAGAAGAAGAAUGAGGAGGAUGAUGAUGAGUGGAAGAAGAUGAAGAAAAAGAAGGAGGAUGAUGAUGAGGGGAAGAAGAAGAAGAAAAAGAAGGACGAUGAGGAUGAUGAUGAGGGGAAGGAGGAAGAAGAGAGAGCAGAGGAAGAAGAGAAGGAGAACGCGGCAGAAGAGGCAGAGGAGAACAUCGAGGUAGAGGCAAAACCGGGAGAAGAGUUCGAGGAAAGGGAAGCGGUCAAGCAAAGGAAAGCGCAAGAGAUGAGGGAGGCGCUAGAUGAGAGGGCGGGGGGAGAGGUCGAGGAAGACGAUGGGGCAGUGGUGAUUGUCGAGGACGUGAAACAACAGGAAAAGAGGAAGGAGAAAGGAGAUCAGAAAGACAUUCGGACAUACACGCGUUGCUCUUUGUCGUGCCUUCUCAACGACACUAAGGGGGUAACUCCGCGUGAACCAAAACGAUGCUCAAGGCCCAAAAAUCGGCGUAAAUAUAACUUCACCCCAGUUACUAAGAACCUGCAUCUGGGCAAGCCGGCCUACAGCGGCGUGCAGUUGAGGUAUCACAAAGGGGCAAACGUGCCAGUAAAAGAGGAAACCCUUUACUGUCGCAAUCGGAGACGUUCUGCAGAAAUGAUAGAAGACGUCUAUCUGAGCGACGAACAGACCAGCCAACCGGAUGCCGCCAGCGACAGCUCCGAUUUGGAUUCAAAACACAAUGACUCCCCCUCAUGGACUUAAAGCAACAAACAGUUAUGGCCAAUUGAACCCUUUUUUUUUUUCUUUGCCCUGGCUCGCCAUUGAAUUGCGUCAGCGGUAAAGAAUGCCUUGUGUCCAGUUGGCUCCAUUGCCUUUCUGGCAUGUGUAAAGACACUUGAGGGCCCAAGACAUUUUUAUUGUAUAUAUGUACAUUUUGUCUUAAUUCACUAACUUCCUGGUUUGUUUACAUGCAACUUCCUGGUUUGUUUGAGAGCAGGAUAAUGCAAAAACUACCUAAUUAAUUUCAAUGAAACUUUGGAGAGGUAUGACAUGGACCAAGGAGGCAAUCAUUAAAACAUUUUGUAAUUUGAAUUUUUAUCACCAUCAGCAGUGGAGUGCAAGGCUCCAGAUGAGCACCACUACCAGUCAUCGUGAUUCGCUUGUUGAUUUUGAUCGUGACAAAUGUGACCUUUUGCAUUAACUCAGCGAGCCUUCUUGUGACAGGUGACAUUACAUUUUAAUGUUGCUGAGAAAACGGAUUAAUGGCAUUCGUUAUCUUGAAAAGUCAUAAUGAAUAACAGUAAACAUAAAAAUCCCUUUAAAGGACAUAGAUAUACAACAAAUCAAACAAAA